AUGGGUUCAUUGGUAGGUGCUCUUGAAGUGUUCAACGUUACUCAAGAGUAUUUUUUACAAUUUGAUAAAUCGUGGGAAGAUUCUAAUAAAAAUUGGGAUGAUUAUAUGCAAUUUAAAACAUUUUCUUGCAAUAAAACCGACUGUUGCAUUUUGGGUGCAAACUGCCUGAAUUUUACCAAAGAUUUUACUUUUCCUGUUGAAGAUUCUUUGGUAGUAUUAGUACUGUGUUUUGGUCCACCAUAUUAUUCUUAUAUUGAAGACAAAACAGCUGCUCUGUACGGGAAAGCGGGUGAUUUGGAUGCGGAUGGUAGGUUUUCAAGUAGUUAG